UGCGUGGUGCCAGCGGAGGUGCGCCUGCCGGGCGGCGUCAUCCUCCGCUGGUGGCUGUGGCAGCUGAUCGGGCCUGGCACAGCGCCGGCGGGCCCAGGCUUUGAGCGGUGACGUGGCCGCUGCGCUGCCGCCCUCGGAGGCGGCUGCAGCUCCCCCGAGACCGACAUCGUCUGAGGUGAACACGCGCCCAGCCGUCCAGCCCGGCGGCUGCCGGCAACCGACAUGCUCAUCCCCCAGCUGCGGACGGCGCUGGCGCGGGUCCGGCCGCGACCUCAGGUGCUGCUGGCCAUGGGCCUGCUGUUCGGGUUGAGCGCACUUGUAUCGCGACCAGCGGCGCAGGUGACACCACGGCCAGCCGUGGACGCGCCACGUGCGCCGCCGCCCGUCGCCGCGAGCGCAGCAGAUACGGACGCCGGCGGGGUCGGUGGCCACCGUGGCCGCAAGACUAUAAUGCGGGAACGAAUGCGCCUGAGAGCGGAGACAAUGCGGCAGACCUGUGAGGGCAAGCCGCUCUACAGGGCGCCCGCCAUCUCCGACAACAUCUUCUACGACAAGACCCAUGCGCUGGUCUGGUGCCCCGUCUACAAGGCCGGCAGCACCAACUGGCUGAAGCUGCUCUGCCGGGCGCACAGCCUGGACCGGCCUUGGCGGCGAGGCCCGCGCCGGCCCUGCCCGAUCGAGGUGCUCCGCAGACAUCUCGGCACGAUCGGACGUGGCUGGCAGGUGCCGCCGACUGUUCGUCACCGGUUCCUGGUGGUGCGCCACCCGCUCGAGCGACUGCUCAGCGCCUACCGUAACAAACUGGAGGGACCGGACCUUCACGCUUUCUACCGUGAAAAGGUAGCUCGCAUGAUCAGCCGGCACCGGGUGGGCCGGGUCGAGUCGGACCGCCGGGUGCAUCCCGGACAGUCGCCGCCACCGCUUACGUUCGACGAGUUCCUGCGCAGCGUGGCGGCCAAGGACGUGCUGGACGAACACUGGAAGCCAUACUAUGCCCUCUGCACGCCAUGCAACAUCGAAUACGACCUGGUGGGCAAGUUUGAGACGCUGGCCGAAGACCAGCGUUACAUCUCGGAGGUAGUGGGGCUGGAAGAGCACGCGCACCUGCUGCUGUCAGACUCGGCCAACGUCCACGCCGCCGGUCCUACCGGCACCUACCUCCAGAAGUACUUCUCGCAAGUGACCAGAGAUGAGCUUAUGCGGGUCUACAGCGUGUUCAAGUUGGACUUUGUGAUGUUUAAUUACACCGUUGAUGAGUAUCUGAAGUAUACCAAGCCCAAUGCCCUCAAUAGAAUCUAACAGUGGCUUGGAAGGGGUGGGCGGGGUACAAGCUUAUAAAACGAACAGCUGGCCAUGCACGGGAGUGGCCCGUAACGCAAGGUCCGCUCCAGCCAAACUGGCGGUUUCUGAUACAACUCUGGUACACGUUGGAAUGUGUGAAUGACAGCAGAACCUUCACAGAUACUCUAAUUGAAAGAUCCUCUUUAAUUGCAUGAGCAUUAUGUUUGAUUGUGUUCUGUUCGCAUGGAAGAACGCUGGUACCUAUGAGUGCGUCAUAGCUCCUGUGAAAGAGCUGUUGUGUACGCGUUCCGCUAGUCGUUUUUUAUGCGUGCGUUUGCGUUUUGCGUUUUUUGUGUAUGCGUUCCGCUAGUCGUAUUUACCGUACGUGUUUCAUACAGAGCCCAACGUGU